UUUUCGGUUUUAUUUUUUACCUUCUCGUUUAAAAAGCAAAAAAAUGUCACCCAAUAUUCGAAAAACAACAAAUAUUUGACAAUAAUGGCAUCACCUUUAUUAAAUCAAAUCAAGGAGAAAUCCAAACGUCGACGAAAACUUUUAGCCCAACAGUUUGGCCUCAAGAAUGUCGAUAAUUUACCUAAAGUUCUUGGCUUCGAUGAUGAACGUAAAGCAUUCCAAUUGAGCAGAAAAUGUUCAUCAGUUCGAAAAGAUCUUGGUGAUUCGAAAACUCGAGUCCAUCAUAAAUCUAGCAAUAAUGAUUUAUGUCCAGAUUUACUUGGCGAUGUAGCUGAUGAAGAAAUCACCUAUACAGAUUCUAGCACCUUUCUAAAGGGAACUCAAUCUGCCAAUCCUCACAAUGAUUAUUGUCAACAUUUUGUUGACACUGGUCAGCGGCCACAAAAUUUUAUUCGUGAUGUAGGACUCAAUGAUCGAUUCGAAGAAUAUCCUAAACUUAAAGAAUUGAUUCGUUUAAAAGAUGAACUUAUUCAAAAAACGGCCACUCCACCCAUGUAUUUAAAAUGUGAUCUACGAAAGUUUGAUCUCAUUGAAUUGCAAGCAAAAUUCGAUGUUAUACUUAUUGAUCCACCAUUAGAAGAAUACAAAAGAACAAAUGGUGUUACUAAUGUAGAUUUUUGGUCAUGGGAUGAUGUUAGUAAACUUAAAAUUGAAGAUAUUGCAGCACCACGAUCAUUUAUAUUUUUAUGGUGCGGUUCAUCUGAUGGCCUAGAUCUUGGACGUGUUUGUCUUCGUAAAUGGGGUUUUCGUCGUUGUGAAGAUAUUUGUUGGAUCAAAACAAAUAUUGACCAGAAAAAGAAACAUGCAAAAAAUCUUGAACCAAAAGCUAUAUUUCAACGUACCAAAGAGCAUUGUCUUAUGGGUAUUAAAGGAACUGUAAGACGAAGUACAGAUGGUGAUUUUAUCCAUGCUAAUGUUGAUAUCGAUCUCAUCAUUACCGAAGAAUUUGAAUAUGGAAGUUUGAAAAAACCGGAUGAAAUUUAUCAUAUUAUUGAACAUUUUUGUUUAGGUAGACGUCGUUUAAAUUUAUUUGGACGUGAUGAUAUUAUUCGUCCUGGAUGGCUUUCAAUAGGUCCAGCAUUAACCAAUAGUAAUUUCAAUGCUGAAACUUAUCAUAGUUAUUUCGAUGGUUCAAACGGAAAUCUAACCGGAUGUACAGAACGGAUUGAAAUAUUGCGGCCAAAAUCACCACCACCAAAAGUGAAUAAAAAUUCCAAUUCAUCCAUACGAUCAAAUUCACAUUAUUCGGUACCUAGAAAAAUUCAACGCCAAUAGAUGGCAGCUAUUAUGACGACAUGUGUAAAAAUUUAAUUUAAUUUUAUUAUUAUUAUUAUUAUUAACAAAAAUUGAUUUUUGAUUAUUAUUUUGAUGACAACAAAUCGAUCUGAAUUCAUUGUUUGACAUUUUAUUAAAUCUUUGGUACAAUAAAUGAAUAGCGUUUCAUAUUUCA